UAUGGUGUGGUGGUCCUCACUACAUAUGAACUUUAAUAUGAGGGGUUUGCAGCAUGGUGGUGGCACUGUGCAGCUCCUCUCUGCUCCUGCACGGCUGCAGCUGCACUGAUGCUCUCUGCGGUUUGCUGCUAAUGACAAUCAAGAAUAAAUAUUAAUAAUUGGAUUCUCGGUGACAACGCAAAGAUCCGCCUCGUGUUUCUUUCGGUGAAAAAAAACCGGCAGGUCGAAGACUUCAUCAGAGUUUCUCCGUUAGGAUGUCGUCAUCUGAAAAUGCUGCGUCACAUGAAGCCUCUGAAGCAUCACCCCCUACAGCAGAGGCUGAUGAACCACUGAGGAUUGUUUUGUUGGGGAGGACCGGGACAGGCAGAAGCUCCUCAGGCAACACCAUCCUGGGCAGGUCCACCUUCUGGGUCGACGUCUCCCCAUCUUCCGUCACCAAACAGUGCCAGAGAGAGACUCUGACAGUAGACGGGCGGGGUAUCUCUGUGAUCGACACCCCGGGUUUCUUCCACACGCACCUGUCCCCCGAGGAGGUCCUGGCAGAGGUGGGACGGUGUGUUGUCCUGUCUUCUCCGGGACCCCACGCCUUCUUGGUGACCCUGCAGCCUGGCAGGUUCACCCAAGAGGAGAAGGAAACCUUAGAGUGGAUCAAGGCUAUGUUUGGGCCCGGAGCCACAAGGUUUACUAUGGUGCUGUUCACCUGGGGAGACCAACUGCAGGGCAAAAGUAUCGAGGACUUCUUGAAAGAGAGCGAUGAGCUGUCGGAGUUUGUCAGCAGCUGCCUUGGGGGGUAUCACGUCUUUGAUAACAGUGAACAGAACAGGACAACGGAGUGCCCACAACAGGUCACGCAGCUCCUGAAGAAGAUAGACAAGAUCGUGGCAGACAACGGAGGCGGCUGCUAUAGCAACGAGAUGUUCAAGGAGGCUGAGAGGGCCAUCAGAGAGGCACAAGAGAGGAUUCUGGAAGAAAGAGGACACAAGGUGGAGUUCCUUCAGAAACUGGCUGAAGACAAACAGGAGCAGGGAGGAGAGUUAGAGAAGGGGAGGAGGGAAGACGAGGAGAGACAGAGGAGGGAGGAAGAAGAGGCGAGGAAAAGGGCGGAGAGGCUUUUCUGGUCCGAAUUGGUGACGGCUAUGGGGAGAGGUGCAGCAGAGGGGGCAGGGAUCAUGGGCAAGGACAAAGGGGAAGGGAAAGUUGUGAAGAAGGUGAAGGUGGUGGAGAAGGCAGCAGCUCUGGCGGCAUCGCCGCUCUCCGUGCGUUCGGCUGCAAGAAUGGUGGAGGGAGCUGUGAGAGAAGGAAGUAAGGUGUUCUACAAACACAGGAAAACCUUCCUGCGCUGAGGGACACUUGACUCUGACUGUGUUCAAUGAGGUGUGGUGGAUUAAAGAAAGUCACUUCACAGUGUUCAUACAUCUGAUGCUAUCAACCUCUGUUUAAUGUCAGCACUAUUGCGCAGACCAUACUGCUAAGUAGGAAUGUGUGUGUGUGUGUUUGGGCGUGUCUGUGUGUGAAAGGUAAACAUCCUGGUGCCCAUGUGCACCUGUAACAAAGAACACAGCCACGCCUUCGAGUGGAGAGAAUCCACAUGUUCUAAUAAAACGUCAUGCCA